CCUUCACUCUGUGGUCCAUCUCAUCCCAAAUAAUCUGGGUUUGGGUCGGGUGACUGUGGAGGCCAGGCUAUCUGGUUCAGCACCUCAUCAGUCUCCUUCUUGGUCAAAUAGCCCGCACACAGCCUGGAGGUGUGUUUCAGGUCAUUGUCCUCCUCAAAGUUAAAUGAUGGUCCAACUAAACGCAAACCAGAUGGGGUGGUUUGCAUGUCACUGCAGGAUGCUGUGGUGGUAGCCUUCAAUUUUGAAUAAAUCCCCAACAGCGUCACCAGCAAAGCACCUCUACGCCAUCACACCUUCUCCAUGCUUCACGAUGGGAACGAUGCAUGUAGAGACCAUCCGGUCACCUUUUCUGUGUCACACAAAGACACAGCAGGUGGAACAAAAGAUCUCAAAUUUGGACUCAUCAGACUAAAGCACAGAUUUCUAUUGUUCUAAUGUCGAUUCCUUGUGUUUCUUGGCCCAAACAAAUCUCCUCUGCUUGGUGCUUUUCCUUAGUCUUGGUUUCUUAGCAGCUAUUUGACCAUAAAGUCUCCUCUGAACAGUUGAUGUAGAGAUGUGUCUGCUACUGGAGCUCUGUGUGGCAUUUAUCUGGGCUCUAAUCUGAGGUGCUGUUAGCUUGUGAUUUCUGAGGCUGGUGACUCUGAAUUUAUCCUCAGCAGCAGAGGGGACUCUGGGUCUUCCUUUCCUGGAUCGGUCCUCGUGUGAGCCAGUUCUGUCAUAGUGCUUGAUGGUUUUUGCAACUGCACUUGGGGACAAGGUUUGAGUAAUUUUCUGACUGACUGACCUUCAGUUCUUAAAGUAAUGAUGGACUGUCGUUUCUCUUUACUUAGCUGAUUGGUUCUCGCCAUAAUAUGAAUUCUAACAGUUGUCAGAUAGGGCUGUUGGCUGUGUACCAACCUGACUUCUCCACAACACAACUGAUGGUUCCAACCCAAUAAGAAGGCAGGAAAUUCCACAAAUAUACUAUUAUUUGGUGUACAAAUAACAAAAGUAAUAUUAUGGUAAAUGUAUAAAUGUUCUUUGGUUCCCAACUUUUGACACUAAAACGUUUGACUUACUUGUGUGUACUAAUUUACUUGAAAGCGCUUCUGUUUAUUUUUUAGCAGCUAAAGUUUUACUUGAAGCAGGCUUGUGUUGGGAAAUGGAUUUUUAAUUCUCCAUGUGCGAUUACUUGAUGCCCCCCCGACCAAUGCAAAGAAACUCAUUAUUUUGAAACCUUUUCACAACAUGGUAAAUUCAGGUUGUGACAUUACGUAUUUGCUCUCUUUAUUUGUGGGAUUGUCCACCGGCAGAAUUUCCAGUGUUAUGUUGUCUUGUGUUGUGAUGGACAUGGCCAACUUGAAGCCACCCACUUGAUUUAAGCUGUUGGUUUUUGGUGUUUUGAACAAGACGGCACAAGCCUGAGGCGGUUCCUGAGAAACCAAGUACAGCCCACAUUGGCUAAGAUGUCUGACACAUUGUUAGCUGGUUAAUCUUCCUUUCUGUGUCCACAAUUUACAAAAUGGCACGCAUUCAUGAUUCUUUAAUUACUUAAAACCGUUGAUUUGGCCCUUAAACUUAUCAGGAAAGGGUUAACUAAGUGAGCCAGAGAAACGGCCGUUUCUCAGACUUCUUCUGAAGUCUUUUUUGGAGUCGCCCCCUGCUGGCCACUAAAAAGAAUGCAGGUUUGGAGGCACUUCCAUGUAAGCGUCACACUUCAGACCUUCUGUGCUUCUGUAGUGGACUAUAUCAGUCGUUAGUGCUCUGUGAUUAUCAAAGAGCACAAUCUGCUGCAGUCUGUGAAAACAUUCAUUAGAUGUGUCUUCUUCAGAUAGCAGUUGAGUGUUGAGCGCAGCUUCAGUUGCGAGGUGGGACUUGCAUAGAGUUGUUUUUCCAGCACAUCUCACAGUGUUGAUCAGAUUGAGAUCUUUUUGGUUUUCACGCAGUUCUUGAGCAAGUUUUGCUGUUGUGAUGCACGCUGAAUUACACUGCCACCUGGUCUGACACAAAGCUUGUGCAAUCAUCAACAUCCACGUGAAUGCAGGUUUACCAGCUGAACUCACUUAGCUCAGCACAUCACAGGGUUUCCCCUUUUGAGACAAGUGCUGUAUAAAUACUACAGUUUACACUCUGUAAACUCCCUGCUAUUGUUGGCGCUUCUGCUGCUGGGCAUAUUUCUGACAUGUUCCAUCAUGUAAAUUGAUCAAGUAUCUGUGUAAGAUUCCACACCGAGGAAUAAUUGCUGCUGAUCUCAUUUACAGUCAUUCUUUUAGAAGAUAGGAGGAGGAGGAGGAAGAUGAAGAAGAUUAGCUGAAGCUGAAUUGUUUGCAUGGUGAAAAAGGCUUUCAGUCGUCCCAUAAGACUGGAAAACACUCAUAACAAAGGGCCGUUUCCUGCUACUACCUUCGGCCACCUUUGUGUUGUUCCUUGUCAAUAAAGCACCUGAUGUCACAGAACAUGUUGCGAUGCUUCUGGUCUCAGCAAUACCAAUUUAGGCAAUUUAGGUCGCUAAGACUUUCCUUUUACAGUCAGAUUAGUUUUAUUGCUGUUUACUGAGUGUUCGAACACUCCCCUGUUGUUCGGUGCAACCUUUGUACCAAAGAGGACUAACAACACGAUGCCCUUAUUAGUAGAUUGUAUGUACAGAAACAAACCCAUUGUGGUAUAGUAAAUCCCUAAAAGGAAAUUUCAGCUCUUCAAAUUAAACUCUGAAAAUUGACUGGCUGUUGAAUACAGACUUUGUUAUCGUGGUCUUGAUAUAUAUCCCUGUUAAGUCUGAAGAGCAGAACUCAUUCAGAGUUCUCGGACCAUGUGUCAUUCUUCACUUCAUGGUAUGUACAAAAUUUAACAUGUUAACACUGAAUAACAGCUUUUGAGUUUUAAUCAGCUCUAAAGAAUCGGCUCUUUUGUACUGAAACACUGAAGUAAAAGUAAACAAGUAAAUCAUGUGGUUUAUGUAGUAGUUGGUUACUGCUGCUGGGUAUUAUCUCAGUGCUUCAUUCACAUGCAGACCCAGUCUACCUUUGUAAGAUUUUAGGUGGCUUGAAAAAAAUUUCCUUUAAAAUAUCUCUGUGCAUCUUUUUAAAGAGUUUAGAAAAUAGUUAUUUGCGUUUUUCAGAGAUUUUUCGCUCCUGACUUGAAGUCUAAAUCUUUACAGUUUUUUGCAAAAACAUUUUCUGUGUUUUGGUCUGUUAGUAGUUUGCAAAGUGCGACGAUGGCACUAACCCAUCGGCCUGAGUUUGAGAGCAGGUGUUAUCUGAUUUUGCUUUGUGACUUUGCUUUUUCUGUACAUAUGAAUCUGGAGGGAUUUGCAUGCAUUUGAAUUUUGGAUAUUUGGAGCUUUCAGCUGCCUUAUUUACAUGUGAUGAGCCAGACUGGAUGCAAAUCUUACUUCCUUUUUCUUCCUUACGUAGUUCCUUUUUUCAUCUGUAAGGAGAAGAGGGAACAAUGAUGGGUCCGAUUGUAUUCAUGUUUUUUUUCCUGAAUGCUUUUGGUCAGUAUAUCUGGGUUUUUUGUUGUUUUUUUUUUUUUUUAAAUUCACUGAGACUUCCUGAAAAAUCAAUCAAUAUGGUGACACAAUCCUCUGAGCCUAACAGUCUGCUGGACUCCUAUAUGAUUCUUUACUUUUUUCGUGGCACUUUGUUAUCCUGCUUUCAGUUUGUAACUCUGUAUUUGUUUCAGUCGGCAGCAGUUUCUGUGAAACUUGAAAUGCUAUAUGACUGAACUUUACCAUCAUGGAAGUUAUGCUGUAAAGGUUCAGCUGUAUCCUUGGAGCUGGAAGGGCAACAAAAUUUGUCAAAUGGGCCAAAAAUGCAUGAAUAAAUGUGUAGAGAUGCAAUUAUUAUUGAGCAGGACUGAGUUCAGCUUCUUUGUAUGGCGCUCCACAGUAGUCCCAGUUCCUCAUGUGGCCCCUCUGCUUUAUGCUCACUAUUGGUUUCAUUGUGGUAACUUAUAGAAGUGAAAUUCUUAAGCUGUGAUAAGCGUGUGUAUGAUAUCUCAAGAAACACAGUUCUUAGUAUCUCUGACUCGUGUGGCCUGGACAGUAUUAAAAUACAAUACUUAAGGAGGACACUGGGGAACGUAAGAAGUUCUGAGAUGCAACAGGAAGCAGUAGUUUCAGAUGUGCCGUUAUAAACCUGAAAAUGUAACACACUUUUCUUACAGCUGAACACUGCACAAAUGCUGGGAGUCCCGUGCUGACUGUUUGGAAGGAGAGGAUAAAAAAGCGGGAGAGCAAAGGUGGAAGAAAAUGAUUAAAGGAGACUGGACACACCGGUCAUCAACUGGGCAGAUGGGUGAGAAAGAGGAUGAGCGUACGGCUCAGGCCAGCCAGCUAUUUGAGAACUUUGUCCAGGCAUCUACCUGUAAAGGGACUCUGCAGGCUUUCAGCAUCCUCUGCAGGCAGUUGGAGCUGGAUCCACUGGACCACAGCAACUUCUAUAACUCACUGAAGGCGGCAGUCAGCACCUGGAAAGUCAAAGCCCUUUGGACCAAACUGGACAAGAGAGCUCAGCAAAAGGUCUACAACCAGAAUAAGGCCUGCCAAGGCACGAGGUGUUUGAUCAUCGGCGGCGGUCCGUGUGGCCUUCGGACGGCCAUCGAGCUGACUCUGCUGGGCUGCAAGGUGGUGGUGAUUGAAAAAAGAGACACCUUCUCCAGGAACAAUGUGCUCCACCUCUGGCCCUACACCAUUCACGACCUCAGGGGACUCGGAGCCAAGAAGUUCUACGGAAAGUUCUGUGCUGGCUCCAUCGACCACAUCAGUAUCCGCCAGCUUCAGCUGAUGCUGGUAAAAGUGAGCUUGAUCCUUGGUGUCGAGAUUCACGUCAAUGUUGAGUUCAUCAAACUGCUGGAGCCACCAGAGGAGCAGACAGAUGUCGGUCAUGGUUGGCGGGCAGAGAUCCGACCCUCUGGCCAUCCUGUCUCGGACUUUGAAUUUGACGUGGUGAUUGGAGCUGACGGACGCAGAAGCACAUUAGAUGGUUUCAGGCGCAAGGAGUUUCGUGGGAAGCUGGCCAUCGCUAUAACGGCUAACUUUGUCAAUAGGAACACAACAGCAGAGGCCAAAGUAGAAGAAAUAAGUGGCGUGGCCUUCAUCUUUAACCAAAAGUUCUUUCUGGAACUCAAAGAGGACACGGGAAUCGACUUGGAGAACAUAGUUUACUACAAAGACAACACCCACUACUUUGUCAUGACUGCAAAAAAGCAGAGCCUGCUGGACAAAGGGGUCAUCAUUAAUGAUUACAUGGAAACUGAACGGCUUCUGAGUCCUGACAACGUCAAUCAGGAAGCGUUGCUCUCAUAUGCUCGUGAAGCGGCUGAUUUUGGCACAAACUACCAGCUGCCAUCCCUGGACUACGCCAUCAACCACUACGGACAGCCGGAUGUAGCCAUGUUUGACUUCACCUGCAUGUACGCCUCAGAAAACGCCGCCUUGAUCAGGGAGAAACAUGGACACCAGCUGCUGGUUGCACUGGUGGGAGAUAGUUUGCUUGAGCCGUUCUGGCCGAUGGGUACGGGUUGCGCUCGGGGUUUUUUGGCUGCCUUUGACACUGCAUGGAUGGUGAAGGGCUGGGCAAAAGGAAAGAGCCCACUGGAGAUCCUGGCUGAGAGGGAGAGCAUUUACCGUCUUCUACCCCAGACCACCCCAGAGAACAUCAGUAAAAACUUUGAACAGUACUCCAUUGACCCUGCUACCCGCUACCCCAACCUCAACGCCUGCUGUGUGCGCCCACAUCAGGUGCGUCACCUGUUCAUUGAUGGUCAUCAGGGACCAGGUCAGAUAGAAAGAGGCGGACCAGCACGUCGAUCAGUCAACCUGUCCAGGAAAGAGUCUGAGGUCCAUCCUGGCCGCCUGCUGAACUGGUGUCAGAGGCAGACUCAUGGGUACCAGGGAGUCGAUGUCACCAACCUCACGUCUUCCUGGAGGAAUGGCCUGGCCCUCUGUGCUCUCAUCCAUCGGCAGAAGCCUGAGCUCAUUGAUUAUGACUCUCUGAACGAGGAGGACGUGGCGGGGAACAAUCAGCUGGCGUUUGAUGUGGCUGAGCGAGAGUUUGGCAUCCAACCGGUGACGACAGGAAAGGAGAUGGCUGCAGAUUCUCAACCUGAUAAGCUGCUGAUGGUCCUGUACCUUUCCAAGUUCUACGAGGCCUUCAGGAACUCGCCAGCAACCAUAGUUUCCAGAGAAGGAGAUGAAAAUGGUGAAGAUUAUCAAUCUAAAACCAACCACAAGGCGCUAAACCUGCCUCAGCCCAGAAAGAGGAUUCCCAGGGAUGACAAGAAACCGGAGGAAGAUUCUGAUAACAAGAAACGGCGAAAGGGCAACCACUACCUCACAGAGUUGUCCUGUCACAGUGCUCCCCCUGCUGGUGAGGAUGGGGAACAACGGGAGAACAAAGUCCGCUCCAUGGCAACUCAGCUGCUGGCCAAAUUUGAGGAGAACUCCGCAACAGUAAAGGCUCGAACAAAGGACCCAUCAGAUCCAUCCUACUCUCCUGCUCAGUCUCCUCCAACUUUCCCACUUCCUUCAUCAGAUGAGGAAGAUGGGGAAGUGGAGAGAGAAAAUCCCCGUUUUGCAAAGCCCAAAGAUGACACUCCUCCUCCUCCUAGUCUGCUUCCCACUCGCCCCAAGUGGCAGCCUUCCAUCUACCUUCAGUUGCUUGAGAAUCCCGCUACUUUCCUCUCCUCCCCCAAAUUCUCUCACGCUCGGAGCGCCUGCAGUCGGUCUCCAUCGCCCCCAUGCUCAAAGAGCCCGUUGAGUCCUCCUCGCUCACUGAGCCCUGACACUCCUGAACAUUACUACCCAGAACGCACCUCUCCAGACCUCUCACCUAUUCGUCUUUCUCCCUCUCCUCAGUCUGCUCUGGGUGUUGGGCAGUCCUCUGAGAGAUCGGGGGGGGUUAUGCGGCAGAGUAAAGACCAGAGACUGUCUGCUAGGGACUUUUCCAGGAGGAGUAUAAAAGAGAGAGCUAGCCUCCUCUCCUCCAUGUUUCCAGGCUCGAGCAGAUCACCCUCAGCAGCUCCUCUUUGUCUACCACAGGUGGAAUCAUCCAUUUCCUCUCCUCCUUCCUUGUCAACACCUCCUCUUGUUCUGUCUAUACCUAAGAGCUCCACCGUCUACCCUGUGGUCCACCCUGUCCCUGACCCCACAGCCCAGGCUGGUUUCUCCUCUGUCCCACUUUGCACUCCUGGACACAAGGACAAGACACACACUCCCUCUUCCACUGACUCUGAAAAAACACAGGAAAUCUGCUCACUUCAUCCUGAUUCCUCUGCACCCAACAGCGAAACAUUUGCUGGUCUUUCCUUGCCUUGCUUUGGGACCCAAAAGAGCUCCUCUCCGCUCCCGGGCGCUGGCUGUGAACAUGAACAGAGCGGCUCGUCAGGCCUCGAGCAGAAUUAUGAGAAUAUGUGUGAGACUUCACAGAACGAUGUGGAAAAUGAGCAGGAGAAGGUUCACAAAACUGUGACAGUUGAUGAUAGUAACGCAUCUGAAAAUAAUCACACGGAGCACUCGGAGAGGUCUGGUCCUGAGGACCUCAGGAGAAUCGUUCCAAAGUCACUCGCUCGCUCCAUAAGUUGUCCGACUGGGGCUCCUCGUUACAGCAAAGAGCGUACAGUUGGAAAGGUAUCAUCAGCCAUAGAUGCUAAAGCUCAGAUACUGGCCAUCCUCUAUGAGACAGACCACAGGCCCAGUGCUCCACCGUGUGUGGUGCGUAAGGACUUCCCUCCCGGGUUGGGCGGCAGCGACAUCUGCCACUUCUGCUCCAAGCGGGUGUACGUGAUGGAGAGACUCAGCGCCGAGGGCUACUUCUUCCACCGAGAGUGUUUCCGCUGCGACGCUUGCAACUGCACUCUCCGCCUGGGAGGACACACAUUUGACUCACAGGAGGCUAAAUUCUACUGCAAGCUGCAUUAUGCACAGCGCCUGUACAGCAAUAACCCAGGAAGGGUUAGGAGGAGAAUGGAACCCCAAAGUCGUGUCGCACCCUCGUCCAUGGACGGCGGGAGCUACACCACCGCCACCACGGGCAGCACCCAGCUGCAACCCCCAGACGAGGCCUCCAGUUCACUCUCUGAACCGCUUGAUAAAAACGUUCCCGACGAUGUGGAUGUGGCAGUGGAAGCUCACGAUGCUUCCUGUUUAGUAAAACCCAAAACGCAAGAUACCGCCGCAGCAAAAGGUCAAAGCCAGGACUCUUCCAAAGAUCACUGUAACCCCAAACACAAACACAACAGAUGGAAGCGGAAGAUUCGAGCAACCUUCCCUCUGCUUUUCAUCAAGCGCUAUCCCAAAAGCUCACAGCUGGACAAAGACGGACCUGAUACCGUCCCUGAAGCCGACUCUGACUAUGAGGAGAUCACUUCAGCAGAAAAACAACCUCACUCGGACAGCAGUUCCAAAACAUCAGUGGAUACCCUGAAUCCUCCAGAGGUAAAUGAGACGAGUGAGGAGCGCUCGGCCGUCUGCAGAACAUCUACGCCAAGGAAACGCUUGGCCUUGUCCUUUUCUGCCAAAGAGAAGCUUCUGAACUGGGACGUGGAGGUCAACCCAGAGGGAACUCCCGUUAGCACAACCACCGAAAACGCACCACAACAUAAGGACCAGGUACAGGCAGAGGCACAACUAGAUGAGCCUCGGAGAAACUCCAUCCAGAGCGGGGAGGCUUCCCCGAGCCAAACUUCAGCUUCAUCCCCCUCAGCCUUCCAGGCUAUAGCCAACGCCUUCAGGAGGACAUUUAGCGGGACCAAUCAACUCAGCAGCUCCAACACUGCAGUCAUAAUGAGACCUAAACACGACGGUCCCCGCAAACGGCGGCCCAUGUCCGAGGGAGCGUUUAGCUUUAGCUCACGCUUCAGUGCCAUAGCGCCAGAGUCAUCCCGAGAGGACCAGGCCAGCAUGCGUGAAGCUCAUUGGGCAGAUCCAUGGGGGGCGGGGCAGGACCUGCCUUCCCUGUUGCAGCAGGUGUCCUUAAAGGGCCGUAAAGACUCUGGAGAGGUGUUCGCUGAUGACAUUGGCCCAUUUGCACGCAAAAGGGUCAACUUGUUCUCUUCCUUGAGGCUGAGGAAGAGGGAAUUGUCUGGGAGUGAAGGGAAAGACCAGGAGGUUCAAAAGGAAAUUACAAGCAUCCUCUCUAACCUCAGAAACAAAGCAUCCAGUCAGCAGAAUUUGGAGGAGCCCUCCUCAAGUGAUGAUGAAAAUGAAAACCUGGUAUCCAGUCAGAAGCUGCAUUCAGAGAAACUGAGGAGGAAGCAGGAAAAGACAGUGGCCCAACAGGCUAAACGAGAACAGCUAAAGAGGCUUCACAGAGCUCAGGUGAUCCAGAGACAGUUGGAGGAAGUCGGAGAAAAGCAGAGGGACCUGGAGGAGAGAGGAGUGGCCAUAGAAAAGAUCAUAAGAGGAGAAACAGAAUCUCCUCAGACGGACGACAGUGAUGAGGCCCAGCUCUAUCAGUCCUGGUUUAAGCUCGUCCUAGAGAAGAACAGAUUGGCACGCUAUGAGUCUGAACUCAUGAUCUUCGCUCAGGAGCUGGAGCUGGAGGACACACAGAGUCGGCUGCAGCAGGAUCUGCGACGCAAAAUGGCAGUAGAGGAUACAAAGAAGAGUGCCUCAGAGCUGCAGGAGGAACAGGUGAUCCUCGCAGAGAUCAUGAGAACAGUGGAGAAACGAGACAUGUUGGUCUCUAUUCUGGAGGAGCAGAGGCUCAAGGAGAGGGCUGAGGACAGGGACCUCGAGAGCCUUGUGCUCUCCAAGGGCUAUGAGUUCCACUGGGCCCGCAUGGAUGAUAGCUGGGGCCAAGAGAAGCAGGAGUGAUGGCUGAAAACCGAGGAUCUCACUCUGAAGAGGACAGAUUAGAAGGAAAACAGGUUCCCACAAUAGUUUGCUUUUGGCUUUUUUUUU